GUAAAAGUAACCAUACAAGGUAGGUCGCAGAACCCGUUUCCGUUAUCGCAUCUCUUCCCUGGGCGAAUUCGAGUGCUUUCCUCUUCUGACAAUGGCGAUGACCAUCGAAGGUACGAUUCUCACUUCAUAGAAUUUUUGUUUAAGAUAAUUAUCGCGGGUCUGGGCGGGCUUAGCAAAAAAGGAUUGGACUAGGGUUUCAAAGCACUAAUUAUUUCUGACCUGGACGAGCGAAACUAUGUGGUAGUUAACGCAACGGAUAUUAAUAGUUUUGAAGCUACUAAUAGUUUCUUGAUAUGCAUUGAUUAUCAUGACACUAAUCAUUUCUCGUUGCGGUGCUGGAUGCGCUUGGAUUGCUGAAUGGUUCCUGUUCUAUGCAGUACUUGCUGGGCUUGCUUUUAUGUUUUCCGCUAGCAUCUUGCUUCAGAUCCUGGCGUGUGCUGUAUACAACAAUUGGUGGCCAAUGUUAUCAGCUCUCAUGUAUGUAUUGGUACCUAUGCCCUGCUUAUUUUUUGGAGGUGGUUCCACUCAGUUUCUGACUAGCCGAGACGGUGGGGGUUGGAUUGAUGCUGCCAAGUUUUUGACUGGAGCAUCAGCUGUGGGUAGCAUGGCCAUCCCUAUUAUCCUUAGGCAUGCACAAAUGAUUCAGACAGGAGCUAUGCUUAUCGAGUUCACCUCCUUCUUCAUAUUCGUUUGCACUGUCAUGUGUUUCCACCGUGCUAGCUUAGAAGACGAUUGGUAAUAUAACCAUCAAACUGGCUGUGUACUCGUGUGAUCAUUUAUGUUAUAACAAGUAUCAAAAUUACGGUGCGAUAAAUCUGCAGAGAUACUAAAUUAUUCACCAUGUAAAAAUAUGUUGGAUGUAUAUCUUCACAAGGCUGUUUAAUCAACUCUUUCUUUUGCUUUA